AUGGCUGUGCGAGGCGCUGAGAAGAACCUUUGUCGCCCCCGGGAGCCCUUCCCUGGGGUUCCAGGGUUCGUGACGACGGCAAUCGUGUUUUUUGCCCUUGCGUGUCUCGAAUCCUCAGCUCGUCACCUUCAUUCCAGCGAAGAUGCGCGGCGGCUGGGGGCGACCCCACUAAUCACGCGCGCCUUCCCCGGGGAAAUCCAGGGCAGCGAGAGUGCAGACUAUUCUCUUUUGCAGUUGCAGAACGAGAAUGAGGACGCAGAUUCAUUAAACGGUGGUGGCGUGGGAAGCCAGGCAGCGGCUGGAGAACCCGUGAGCGAUUCGCAGCAACAGCAGCAAGAGGAAGGCGACCGCCGUUCCCAAAACCCGACCCGUCCAGAGACUCCGCCAACGGCCGACUCCCAGACAAGUGAGCCGCAAUCCGUCCCAACAUCCAGCCCGGCUAAGGCGGCCACCCGCGGCAACGGCACGAGGAGGCAGAGACAUCUGCAGACUGCACGGAAUGCAUUGCAAACGAUCAUGGAGAUCGACGAACAGGAACAGGAACCACCCAGCGAGGAUGACACCCCAGCGCCUGCACCGUCUUCGACCCCCCCAGGGAGUCAGCCUGGGUCUCUGGGGGCAGCUACUCGACUAGUCGACAUGACCAGGUUCGGCAUGAACUCAGGAUUCAACCAGUGGGCGUUCAAACUGCAGCAACACUGCUCAGGACUGUAUCCCACGGUUUUGAUGCGCCCCCUCUUGCCAGGAGCCGAGCAGGGGGUAUGCGUCCUGGACAAUCUGCUGGAUGCCGUAAAGCUUCGCUUGCAAGACACGUCUCCAGCAACAAAAUCUUCAUCCUCCGAGCUGGCCACCAGUUCAGAUACAUCACCUACUCGCAGGUUCCGAGGCUUCGUACAGCAGCUGAAGCAAACAUCCUCCAGAAAGGCGCUUGGGUUUGUCUUGCGGCGGCAGCUUCGUUCAGGCCACCGCAAACCUGAAGAGCUACCAAAAAUCCUGAGUGCUCUCGGCAAAAAAGUCAAGUCACUCCGUAGUUUGAUCCCCCAACUCUUUAUUUCUUUUCUCAUGUGCCAACCAACACUCUCCGCGAAGACUGCGUUUGCUGGGAACUUCACGUCAACAUCCCACUUCGACAACGAUGAGGCGAGCUUUGUCACCCAAGACGAGGGAGCUUUCCUCUUUGUGUCACACCGUAUGCCACCCGCCCAGCUGGACCCCUUCGCUCCGCAGACUUUCCCGUCGCUCAGAGAACAGUGGCAGAAAGAGCUCAUGAAGUCGUUGGCCGUGUCAUUGCAGCUGGUGGAUACCAUGAUGACCCUUGGUGACGACUUCGACGGCCACAUCGGCCAAAGUCCCAGCAUGGUCUUCCCGAAGCCCUGGCUAGUAGAAGCUGUCGUGGCCCCUGCCUUCACUGAAUACAGUCCUAUCCACGGCGCAAACUUUGAUAUCAACCCCGUCGCUCGUUCAGUUCUAAGAUCGCACAAGGUGACCGCUGAGACAAUAGAGGAAGGCCCGACGGGAAAGAAGAUCCUUAGACCCAACUGCAUUCGUAGUGACUCCGUCACUGGCGUGCGUCGCUCUUCCGCCGAGGAGCUCCCCGUUGUCAACCCCGACAAAUGCUAUCGGACGGCAUCUUUCGCGAAUGUUUUGGUAUCUCCACUAGCAGUGUUUCUUGUUCGAGAUCGAGAUCAACCGGUGUCUGCCCCUGGUGCAGAGGCAUAUCCAGUAGACUCCCUCGUUCUGAUCAGAGGACCGAAAUACGCAAAAGAGUGGACAGCCGCCUUCAUGUCUCGCCCGGUUGGUGACAGUGUCUUCCUAGGAUCUGACGGGGGCCGUUUGCAUGAGGGGUACACCACGCUCUUCCAUCAAAUCCUGCGCGAGACGGCCACCGCGUUUGCGCAAAAGCUCAAGACGGAUGUGCUUCCCGAGCACAGGGGCGCUACUCCGUUCAAUAUUCUUAUCACUGGAAUUUCAACUGGUAGGGUACUCGCCAACUUGCUCACUUGGUUUCUGGCGAUUGCACUCAAAGACGAAGUCGCCCAGCAUAGAGUGCGGCUGCACUGCAGUGGAUUCGGUACUCCUCCGUUCGCAGACGAGAAGGCGCAUCGGAACAUGCACAGGGCGAAGGCAGUCUGCUGGAACUUUCAUGCGGAGUUGGAUCCCAUGUUAGAAAUUUUUAGGGCCUCUGUAUCCGGUGAUCUAGUGGUCGGGAAUCCCAUGACGCUGGACGCUAGUACGUUCCUUCGGGCAGCAUUACGAUCUCACGACGGCAGAUUUACCUUUCACGGGCUCUCGUGGGCCUAUGAUCAGCAUAAGGCAUUGAAAGAGGGCCACUUCCAAGGCAAGACAUUUGUUCUCUCGGCGAUAUACUGGUUGAACUUGUUCCAGGCUAGCGCUGUAGCACAAAAAUUCCAGCCGAAAGCUGAAAAGGCUGUGCAAUCAAGCAAGCGCCAUAAGCGGACAAAGCGGCGGUCGUCCACAGCUGUGUAG